AGAUUCCUCACAUAUGCAUAAUAAACAACUAAAAACUCCUAGCAAGUCCCAUAGCAAUAUGACAACUCAAAAGAAGAUCAAUGCGGUGGACCAUUUGGAGCGGCAAUUGGAAGACAAAGUGGUUUUUGUCACCGGAGCAUCGGUGGGGCUCGGCCGCGAAUUCUGCCUUGACCUAGCUAGGUCAGGCUGUAAAGUCGUGGCAGCCGCUCGUCGCACCGAUCGGUUGAAGUCCCUUUGUGAUGAGAUUAAUGCAAUGGCUAGUUCAAAUGUUGAAGUUGUUAGAGCUGUAGCUGUUGUACUUAAUGUUACUGCUGAUGGUCCACUCAUUAAAGCAUCGGUACAGAAAGCUUGGGAUGCUUUUGGCCACAUUGAUGUGCUCAUUAAUAAUGCUGGUGUUAGAGGUGAAAUAAAAUCAGCAGUGGAUAUUUCUGAGGAAGAGUGGCAUAACACUUUAAGGACAAAUUUGACAGGAUCUUGGCUAGUUUCCAAAUAUGUUGGAAAACACAUGCAAGCUGCAAAACGAGGAGGCUCUAUUAUUAAUAUUUCAUCUAUUGCUGGUUUAAAUAGAAUAUCAGUACGAGGGGGUAUUGCCUAUUCUUCCUCCAAGGCUGCCAUGGAUAGCAUGACCAAGGUAAUGGCAUUGGAAUUGGGAGAACAUAACGUAAGAGUGAAUGCAAUAGCUCCAGGAAUUUUCAAAUCGGAGAUUACUGAGAAAUUAUUGCAAAAAGAUUGGCUAAAAAAUGUAGCAACAAGAAGUGUUCCACAGAAAACUUUUGGAACCACAAAUCCUGCUUUAACUUCACUUGUGAGAUACUUGGUCCAUGACUCUUCCAAUUACAUAUCUGGCAACAUAUUUAUUGUUGAUUCUGGUUAUACCCUUCCUGGUAUCCCUAUCUUUUCUUCUCUGUAAGUUAUACUCAAAGGUGGAGCCAGAAUUUGACGUUUAUGGGUUCUUAAUUCGUAACCAAACUCAGCACGUCUCAGUUAUUGGGUUUGUAGUUAAAUAUUUAUAUAUUUUUAAUAAAUUUUCUAAUAUAAAUAAGAGUGCUACCCCCACUAAGAGGUUGACAAGAGUGGGUUGCUCUAGUGGUGAGUACCCUCCACUUCCAACCAAGAGGUUGUGAGUUUAAGUCACCCCAAGAGCAAAAUAGGGAGUUCAUGGAGGGAGGGAACUGAGGGUCUAUCGAAACAAUCUCUCUACCCCAGGGUAGGGGUAAGGUUUGCGUACACAGUACUACCCUCCCCAGACCCCACUAGUAGAAUUAUACUGAAUUGUUAUUGUUGUUGUUGUUGUAAAUAAGAGUGCUACUGAGUUUGUUUGAACCCGUAAGCAAUACUCUACGACACUACCUCCGCCCCUCGCUAUGACACUUGAAAGAACAAUAUAUUAUCAUCAAGAAACUAAUAUCUUUGUACGUAGUUAUCUAUUUCAAAGAAAUUAUUAUGAUCUAUUUCCUUCCA